AUUCAUCAACAACUCAUUCUUCUAUAACAUAAAUAGAAAAACAGAGAGAGACACAUAAAUAUAAAUACUUCCUUUGAAGAUCAACGACCUGAUGGCUGUAAAAGUUUAUAUUGUGUAUUACUCGCUAUACGGACAUGUAGAGAGACUAGCAGAAGAAAUAAAAAAAGGUGCUGAUUCUGUAGAUGGCGUUGAGGCUACUCUAUGGCAGGUAUCGGAAACUUUGUCGGAAGAGGUGCUUGGUAAAAUGAGAGCACCACCGAAGAGCGAUGUACCACUCAUUAACCCGAAAGAGCUGCCGGAGGGUGAUGGUUUCGUGUUCGGCUUUCCAACAAGAUUCGGAAUGAUGGCUGCUCAGUUCAAAUCUUUUCUAGAUGCAACUGGAAGCUUAUGGCAGACGCAACAGCUCGCUGGCAGGCCAGCCGGAAUCUUCUAUAGCACCGGUUCUCAAGGUGGCGGACAGGAGACUACAGCACUCACUGCUAUCACUCAGUUAGUUCACCAUGGAAUGCUGUUUGUUCCGAUCGGAUAUACAUUCGGCAGCGGCAUGUUCGAGAUGAAUGAAGUGAAGGGUGGCAGUCCGUAUGGUGCCGGAACUUAUGCUGGUGGUGAUGGAUCAAGACAACCAACUAAACUUGAGUUAGAGCAAGCAUUCCACCAAGGCAAGUAUAUUGCCACCAUCACUAAGAAGCUCAAGAAAGAAUGAAGCUAUUCAUAAAUUAGGAUAUUGAAUCCUGAUGAGUUCACUAGUAGUUACUUGUCAUGUAAUGUAUUGAGUUUAUAUUAUUGCAUGGAAAUAAUUGCUUCUUAUUAUAAAGGAAGCGCUUUGUACUCACUCGUGUUUUUCUAUU